ACUACCCACUUGUUCGGACUGUGCUUAGCAUUGCUGUACGCGUGUAUUUUGUGUAUAUUUCAAUGGGGAUAGGGAGAUGUAAGAUUUCUCUCUCGAAUCAAGGAUCACAGCGAACGGAAUCAAGGAUUAAACUAUGUGAAGUGUGUUUUGUUGUGUAUAUUCGGAACGCCUGAACUGGACAUGAGUAAUUUUGAAUCAAAAUAAGGCGAAAUCGACGGAUUGAGGAAAAAAGUCGCCCCAGAAAUAACUGUUUUGUUUGAACAUUCGUCGGUGUUUUGGUAUUCAAGUGAAGAACCUUUUGAUAGAUUACUAUGGUAGAACUGGGAUAAAGUGGAAAUUCGGCCAAAUGGUCAACAAAGCACCGUAGAUUGAACGCGCCUCCAUUAAUGUUAUGCCUGGACUAUUUGGUGUGGAAAUUGACAGCUACGUGAACCCGAGGUCUGCGCACACCGAUGCCAUUUUAAUGCAACGGGGUAUGAGAAGGUGUGUGUUUACUGAAAUCUCUAUUCAAGCUCGUGUAUAACGUGGAGCCAAGAAACACCGAAGACGAUGGUUGUGCUUUUGUUGUUGCUGUUGUAGACGUCGUAGGCCGUCGCGUCGGAAAACAGAGACGACCCAGCGAGGUAUCGCGGAGGCAACACAAACAAAAAGUUGUAAAAAUUUCUCUGAAUUAAUAAGAGGCAUAGGAAUUGAGAGGAUAGUGACGCAGGGUGCGUUGAAACGCAAGAGAAGAAUAAUAUUUGUCGGUGUGGCUUUUUUGUCGGUGCCUACGGAUAAGGAGGCAAAAUAUUUUACUUUUCUCUGAACGCGGAGAUCUUUACGGGUUGCCUGUCUUCUACUUUUCGGGAACGGAGAGUGAAAUAACAAAUUCUUCAUAGACAGCUAUUCAACCGCGCGUUCUCCUGGCACCCCGAACCCUGGGACACAUCCAAUGGAAUCGAUAUCACGCGGGGAAUUGUAGUAAAUAGUUUGGAGAAUUCAAAACAUAUAUAUCGGGAAUUUCGGUGUGUUGUUGAGUUUCGAGCGGUGUUCUCCGUUUUGGAGGUUGCACAGCUAAAAAUGAGACGAAAUAAAUCUUCCUUCUGCGUUACCUGGGUAGGGAAGUGAUGGAAAUGGCAAUAAGCGAAAGCGUAGAUCGGUGUGCUUGCGUGCGUAUUUUGAAGCGAAAAGUGGUGUUUUGAUAAAAAAUGGUAUAGGUGAAAAUUAAGGAUAUGUGAGAGAAAAAACGCGAGCAGAAGUGUUUCGAAAAGUAGAAAUAAAUAAAUAUACGCACUCCGAGGAAAUUUGAUAAAAGCAACGAUGAUCAUCUCCCGUUAGAAAAUGUGUGACGAAUUGAAAAUUGUGUUCUAUUGAGCACGAAACUCUAGACGUGCCGAAGCUUUUAACUGGCAAAGUUUUCCACUGGCUGAUAACGAGCCGAAGAACGUAAGCAGAGAAGGUGAACAUGGCUGGUAACAUCGUGAAAUGGUGGAAACAUAAGAUUCUUGGCGGCUACAAACAGUUUACAGUGCUUCAGGAAUGUGCGACCGAUUCGGAGGAGCUGAUCUACCCCGUUCGAGCCCCGUCCGCCUGCAGUGCACCGCCGGAUCUGCUGCUGACUAGCGACCGGGAGCAGAUGAUGAAAGUGAAAAGUUCCAAGCAGCAAUCGCACAACGCGCAACAGACGCCAUCGUCACAUCAUCAAUCAUCGCAGCAGCAGCAACAAAAUGCUAGCCAUCACCAUCAUAAGACGUCACCGGCGAAUACACAGCAGCAAUCACACCAGCAACAUGCCAAGGACACUUCGUUCCGGAAAGGCUCCGGCAAGGCGACCACUGUUAAAAGUGAUCCCGAUAGGGUGCGAUUGGAGGAGUUCACAUGCGAUGUGUCAUUGCAAGGGGGCAAGAAACCUCAGCCACUGCAAUUUUCUUUCACACUCUAUGACCUCGACGGUCACGGAAAAAUCACCAAAGAUGACAUCGCUGGCAUCGUGUCCACGAUCUACGAAUCUAUAGGAAAAUCGGUAGUAGUUCCUCAUUACGGUAGCAAGACUAUAAACGUGCGGCUGACGGUGUCACCGGAUGGAAAAUCCAAAGCCAACGGUUCCGGGGUGAAGAAAGCUGCUAUCACACCUCGGCGGCGCUACCGGCCACGAAAACUCAUUUCCGACGACGAUGGAAGCGAUACCUCGGAAAACUGCGGAAGGGUAAUGCGUACCAGGGCGAACACGGCAGUGGCCAAUGCUACUACAAUCAACAACAACAUCAAACAGAAGGAACCUAACGCAACGAAGGGGGACAACGCGGUUGAUUGCCAGAGUAGUGGGCUGGGCAAGAGUUCGGAAGCUGUUGAAGCUACGUUUCACAACAACUUGAAUGGAAAAGGGAAAAAUUCUAACAUGAAGAACGAUAAUAUCUACGAAAGUAUCAACAACUUGAAAUCCUGUAAUAUUCAAGCAGCACAGGCAUCGAAAACCGGUAUCGCAUUGCACCAAACAUCGGUCGCGUUGAACAAUUCCACUGCUACAACGGUUAUCUGCCGGGAUUGUUCUUUGGAAGGAUGUGCGAUUGAUGAAACACUCCCGUUGGGAACGGUAGUCAUUCCAGCUGCUGCCGCCGCUACUCCAGCGGUCAUCAGCAGCCGAGCUAAGCGGAAGGUAGUACGGAAGUCAAGAUCCUCACGUAAAGCUACCAAAAUGGCGGAAGAUUUCGGUAGACCAAGAGCUCGCAGUCUGUCAGUGGGAAACGAAAACUUCUACGAGAAUAUGCUCGAAAAUCCACAGGAAGAGUGCUGGAAAAGUUCGCUGUGUCGACGAGAGCUGAUCGAAAUCAUUCGGGAUAGUAUGGUGAAGAAUAGCCUUUGUUUUCAACCAAAUAGAAAACCAUCGGAAAGUUCACCAAAGCAUCGUCACCGAUCUCAUACGAUCUCGGCUCGAGUUGGCAACGGCGAUCAGUGCGGGGAAGCGGUUGUGGCGACUCAGCAGGCGUUAAUGGCUGCUCAUGAGACCAAUCUAUGCGGGUACGAUUCCUAUCUACAUCAAACCAUUUGUGCAGCUGCCAGUGCUAAACAUGCUGCACUACAUCUAAACGGUGGUGUAGUUGGAAAUGGCGGUGUAUUCACAGCCCUUCCCGUUAUGACCAGUACUCCAAACCGACUACUGCAACACCACAGUCAUCACGCUAAGGCAAAGCGAAAGGAGCAUCGUCUGGCUAUAGCUACGCGCAACCAAUCGCAUGUAUCUAUAGGGCAGCCAGUUAAACUAAGUACCGCAUUACUCAGCCAGCAGUAUCCGAAUCUCUCCGCCGAACAAAAACUAACGCGGUCUAUCAACCAAGUCGAAAAAUGGUUGGAUCACCGUACUCCGAAAUUGACAAACAAAUUGAAAUUGGCAGAGGAAUUAACGGAAAGAAAUGCUCGAACAACGGCGGUUGGUUCGAAGCUCAAAAGGUCGAAGAGUAAGGAGGAGCUUGCUCAGAAAUCACCUAAAUAUGACAAUGUGCUUACGGCUGAUCUCCUACUGGAGAACCUGAAGAUCACAGAAGAUAUUGCGGAAUUGAGCGUGGUGACUCCGAAGAAAGCCUUCAACAAGGAGUGUCUUAUUAGUUCGGCCACCAAAAAGAACAUUCGAACCCACCACACGACCAAAACUAUAUCAACGAUUGCACCAUUGGGCUCAACCACUGCCGACAAGUCAUCUAAGGAUUUGAUCCAGCUACAGUACGCCUCCAUUCCGAUCAAUGCUCAUCCGAGUGAGUGUGAAAAUUUAAUUCGUGUGUCCGAUGCCGAAGAAGAACAACCUCAGCAGCCGAGCCUGCAGCAACAACCGUCUGCCGCUAGCACUCCAACCCAUCAUCAUCAUCACCAUGUAGGCGACAAUUCAGGAUCUUCCGCAUCGGCAAUUUCCACCACUGCCGUACAUCGAUACGUACACGAACACAUUCACCAUCACUAUCAUCAUUUCGAAAACGACCCGGAUGAAUCUUGAGGUUUGGUCGGCGAGGACGAAGGUGAAUUCUCACCCUCGUCCUCGGGAAAUCGGUGCUUAGAACUGGAUUUGUUAGAUUAAUAAGCUUGAGAAGAAUGUUUGGUGGGACCAUUGUUGGGUUGACAUUUUUGUUUGUUCAAAAGGUGCCAAGUUGGUCGAAAUAGAAGGUAAAAUGGCAAUUUACUUUAUUCAUUCGUUGGCAGCUUAAUAUAAGCAUGUUUACCAAAAAUAAUUGUCUGUUGACCACACUUUUGUUAAAAAUGUUUCUCGUUUCGUCAAAGAAUUAAUUUCCAUUCUACUAUCAACAACUAUCCUGAAGAUUUCUCGUGUAAUUUGGGGUAAAUCUUGCAGUAAAAUAACCAGAAACGACAGCUGUUCGUUUGCAAUGAUAGCUUUGUUCCAAACGAGCAAACGAUUUGUCAACUACAAUUUAAAGCUAACGAAACUGCCUAGAUUUCGGAUUAAGUGUUAUGAAUUGCUGCCAACAUUACGGCAGAGUUUCUCAAUGUUUUCUCUUUCAACUAAUUCAGCACCUUUACAAUGUUAAAAAGCAAUUCAACGUGGUUCCACUGAACUACUGAACAAACUGACAGCCAUUUCAUUACACUGACUAGUAUAACACUGUAACCCUAUUUAUAUGUACAUUUAUAUAUCACUCCGCUUGAGUAUAGGUUGGGCGGAAUCAGCCAGAAGAUGUAAGCUGCUGUAUAAAUAUUCUACUAUUUAACGAACAGUUAUAUGUACUUACAAAUCUGAUCAAACAAACUAUGUUUAGAAUCUCAUACAAAUCAUAUUGAAAACCGUUUGGAAGUAAAUUUUGAAAAAAACGGAAUACUGCCAAUUUUCAAAGUAGAAAACAAAAAUAAAACAAUAUAACGAUGGUCAGAGAUAAUAUACCAGUUAUCAUGAAUUGUAUACGCAUACUGUAACCAAUAGAAUUUCGACUGUAACAACGUAGAGGAAUGCGGUUACCUUACAAAACUGACAAGAAUAUCCUAUCAAAAAAGUGCAAAACGUUGCUGAACAGCUAACAUGUUCACCAAAGUAUAAGCUAAACUGUAUUGGGUCAUACGUUUGAGUUAUUCAGCCUUUCAUAAACUAUAGCUUGUAGUGACAGUGGGUAUUUAUUUACUUGUUUCUUCACUUCUGAAUAUAAUGUGUCUCCUAUCUCCUGUUUGCAAAUAAAUAAAUCGAAGAAAAAUCACCCACCUGAUAGCUUUCUGUAAGCAAGUAGUUUGUUACAAUUGUUGUAAAUAUCUUACCUAUUAAUGAAUGUUAUAAGAACUGAUAGAGAACAGGUCACUAUCGCAGUGUUGCAUACAAAUUAAGAAGAAAUGGCGAAAGGGGACGGAAAUAUUAACAGAAACUUACAAGACUGAUUUCAUGUUAUUCUUAUUAUUAUGGUUAUAGCUCAGUAGAGUUAUGGAACAAUUAUCGAUACUGUAUAACUCUUGUUUUUAAUAGAAAACCGAACAACGAAACCUCUACAGUUCUGAUUCCGAAUUUGUAUUUGAUUUCAGCCAUCUUUCCCAUUUCCCUUACAAAGGUUUCCAAUAAUUUCUUCAAAAUUUAGAGUAUCUAAAUCAAAAUACUUGAAAAAAUCGAAUUUGGCAAAAAUAUAAACUUUAAAUUUAAUCACAUUCGGCUAGGUAUUCAAUAUUAGCUUAAGCUUUCAGCGGCCAUGGAUUUUUCUAUCAUAGGUUAGCAAUAUAUAAUGUUAAAAAUUCAAAAUUUAAUAACAUUUUGGCACACAUAACAUCGAAAUAUUAUGAACGAUUUAUACUUAUAUCAAUUAUUGUGCAAGUGUUGAAAAAUACGUGAAGUUGCUUGCGAAUGGUGUUUGGCUUGACAAAAUGAUUAAAAAAACAAUCUUCAAAAACAAUUCAAAUUAAUUCGAAAAAUCAAAUUAUUUAGGUUUUCUUAUUUCAAUUAGGUAGGACAUAUAUAUAUCUAGUACGUUUGGUUCUUGGAAAGCAAGAUGACGGAAAUGUGGAUACCAACCUUCGGUCUACAGAAUUCGCAAAAAAAACAGCUUCUUUAAUUGUUUUCAUUUGUCUUUUAAAUGAGGUAUCUGAUUUAUAUAGUUUCAUAAAUUAGGUAAGAUUAAUUUAUUCAGUAAAUGUAUGUAAUAUUUUCCAAUCAAUAUUUUUCUUCGGAAAUGACGU